CCGUUUCUAGUCGCCGGGAAAGAGCAUCCUAAGUAUGGGAGGCCGAAUAUUUUGAAUUUGAAGUAUCUCGAUGAGGUUGCUCGCAUAAAUCAGUUCAUCAUUCACAACAUCACUGUACCAGUGGACAUUGAUGGGAAGCACUAUGAGGUAAGUGAGAACUACCUAAUUACCUUCCAAAAUCACACGAUAUUCAAAGGUGGCUUAUACCGACUUGUGUAUGUCUUUCGACUGGGCCUGUUACCUGAACGACCACUUGACGAUGUUGAUGCCGAAAAGCCGAUGGGGCAACUUCAGUGGGCCGAUUGCUGA